AACACUUCAAUUACAAGCUCAUCACUUCUACCACCAAAGGAGAGAAGAGAUAAUCAAUCAGUGAAUCAAGAACCUCGUAGCAGUGUGGAUCCAUUCAGCAUGAUACAUCCUAAUAAUGGUACCUCUAGUUCCCCCAAAUUGCACUCGCUUCCCAUGCCUCAAUUGCCUAUACAAGAGUUACCAACAUAUCCUCCAGAGAAGGCACCAGAAAUUAUGCCACAAAUGCUUCCACACCAAAAUUGGCCAUCUGAACAAGAGAUGAUGAAUAAAGGGAGAAUGUCAUUGAUGCCUCAUUCAACAAGCCCCGCCUCAGUGAAUGGCUUGGAUGCAUUCCAGACAAUUAAUGAAGGAACUUCUGCUCAUGGGAUGAAGUUACAAUUCCACCCAAUGAAGGACACAUUUGGUAUGCAUGUACAGCAUAAAGCUUCCGAGUGCAACAUGCAGUUGGACAUGUUGGAGCAACAAAGGAAGGGGACAGAGCUGUAUGUGCAUAUAACAAAGAAAUAUGAACAUGGUUUAGCCCGUGAAAAGGGUUCAGCACGUCAAAUGAUGCCCCAGAGAUCAAGCAUAUUUGGAGAAUCUAGUGCUAAUGUCUCUAUGGAAAAGGGUUUAGCAAAUGCAAUGGGUUCAGCACAUCAUAUGAUGCCCCGGACAUCAAACUUAUUUGGGGAACCUAGUAUUAAUGCCUCUAUGGAACAUGGUUUAGCCCGUGAAAAGGGUUCAGCACGUCAAAUGAUGCCCCAGAGAUCAAGCAUAUUUGGAGAAUCUAGUGCUAAUGUCUCUAUGGAAAAAGGUUUAGCAAAUGCAAUGGGUUCAGCACAUCAUAUGAUGCCUCGGACAUCAAGCUUAUUUGGGGAACCUAGUAUUAAUGCCUCUAUGGAAGAGGUUUUAGCCCGUAAAAUGGGUUCAGGACGUCAAAUUAUGCCCCAAAAGUCAAGUAUAUUUGGAGAAUCUAGUGCUAAUAUCUCUAUGGAAAAGGGUUUAGCAAAUGAAAUGGGUUCAGCACAUCAUAUGAUGCAUCGGACAACAAGCUUAUUUGGGGAAGCUAGUAUUAAUGCCUUUAUGGAAGAGGGUUUAGCUCAUGAAAUGGGUUUAGCACGUCAAAUGAUGCCCCAAAGAUCAAGCAUAUUUGGAGAAUCUAGUGCUAAUGUCUCUAUGGAAAAGGGUUUAGCAAAUGAAAUGGGUUCGGCACAUCAUAUGAUGCCCCAGACAUCAAGCUUAUUUGGGGAACCUAGUAUUAUUGCCUCUAUGGUAAUGCCUUCUUCUUACCCUUAA